CGCUUCUUCGCCGGUGCAUUCGCAACAGGCGCUAUACGGAAGAACGCGCUCUGCAACGCGCGCUCGCUAGCGUGUCGUGAGCCCGCUGUGUGUAGUUUGGACAACGCGAAAGGACACACAGGUGGCCCAUGAUUCUGCCGGGACGUUGGUCAUCGCGCGCAGAUGGAGCCGAAUCGAGGCGGUUUCGCUCGGCUAAGAACAACGCCGAGGCGUCAACCAUUCUCGCAGCCGCACUUUAGCAGCAUUAGCCCGCCACAGCCUUCGUCCACUUCAGCCGAGCCUCUGUGGACUACAAGUGAAGUCGACCAACUCGUGGAACUGAUCUCGGGCCGCGCUUCUGUGCUACUGGGCCCCAUCGACGGCACUUCGAAGCGCCUCGCUUGGGAAGAAGUGUCUCAGCGGCUCAAGAGGACCGAAGAGGAAGUCCGCCGCAAGUGGACGGGCAUUGUUGCCGAUCUGCGCCAGGGAAAGCGGUCGACGCCGUUCAAGCCGUACGAACUAGCCGCGUUGAAAGCGCUCGGAGCUGUGGAGCGAUUGCGCCCGCCAGCGUCGCAGGAGCCUCCGCCACUCCAAAUCGUUCCUGCGAGCGUGCGCUCUAUCACGACCGACACCUUCCUGCAGCAGAACACCCCGCAUCGGUCGCAGGCGCCUACUAUGACGUCCAUGGUAUCCCCGGUCAGCAUCAGCCAGCCAGCGGCCGGUCUUACCAUCGUGGCUUUGAAUCGCGAAGUCUCCAUCACACCCGUGAAGCCACCCCAACCUCCACAUACUAGCUCGCGGGAUACGUCGGAAGAACUGCAGUUGUUGCGCUGCUGCAAUUCGGUGCACACACAGACGCCACCCGAGCAUGAUGAGCCCAGUGCCAAGAAAGCACGCCAUAGCUCUUCCUCUCAUGCUGAUGCCACUUCCCUACUGCAGAGGUUGGUGUUUCUGGAAGAACGUCGGGUCGCAUUGCAGCAGGAGCAGCUAAGUGUGGACCGUGAGAAAGUGAAGUGUGUGCGCGAUCUGUUGGCUGUCCUCGGCAAAAACGACCGGACAGUUCCCAUGCCUAAUGGAGACUUGGUUGGUGCUGUUGUGUCAUCGGCAUUGUAGACUGAUUGGCCAGGUCGGUGCUGUUUGCGCUUUGACCAAGUUGCACCUGGUUCCGAGCUAUUGGUGCAUUGUUGGUGACUUAAGGGGACACCCUGUCCUGGGGUAGAAACUUAUAGAUCAUGCUGAGGUAUUGACCAAGCUAGGACAGCCUUUAUGCCAGCGUUUCUUCAUACAGGGUGGUGACAGCAUCCACUGUUUGACCCAAUAUGGCAACAUCACGCAACGUGAUAACUCCACUGUUUGAACCAAUUUUUUGGCAGCAUGGUCAAUGGGUUUCACCAUCCUGUGCAAAGUAACGCUGGCAUCGAGGCACCCUAGACUAAGCUGCUAUGCUAUGACACCUAAUGGUUCAGCAUUCCAGUUUUGAGGCUGCACUUCACACAUUAAUUUCAUCUUAGUAUAGAUUGUCAUCAAACGUGUUUGCAUCACCAGGUCUCAGCAGCCAAUGGAAAAACAAAAUUGUUUCGUUCACGAAAGUCAAGCAUGAGGUGAUGUCAGAAAAGCAGCAUGCAUUGCAAACUGUGUAAACUUGGUUUGUUCUGACAACAUUCCACAGUUGUUGGGAGUGUUGUGCAGGAAUGGACUGUUGGACUGUCCUUUCCUGCUUCUUUGACCAUAAGAAUGGUUGCCCCAAAAUCGCAACUUAAGACCAGGACUGGCACAAGAUGAUGCAGCAGAGCAGUUUGGAUGACCCACAUUCUUUUGUUUCCUCUCGUACCUGCUAUGCAUGGACAAACCAGAGCCGUUACUGCAUCUAAAAUCACAAAUCAUUUACUGUUUAUUUUCUCAUGCACAUAGUGGUAUCUUUGGCUGGUUUUGAGUGCUAAGUGGUGUGUGCACCUAGUAUCACUUUCAUUGUGGUUCGCACCACUUGGCAUCACCUGUUAACAGUGAGGAUGCUCAUGGUAACGACAACUACUGUUUCUAGCAUAACUAGCUUAUUGCUUCAUCAAAACACCGAUCAUCAUCGCAUAAGUAUAAAGCUUGGCACUUCUGACUAUAUUGGAACUGUGAUUCUAGUGAAAUUGCUGUUUCGAGUAUGAGCAUUGUUACUUUGCUUCCAGUGUUUCAGCAAGAUCAGUUGCGGUGGUGAAGCAUCAUAAACUGUUGUGCAGUUGGGAAUAUAAUGCCAUUCGCAUUUUAUGCCUUUGCCCAAGCGUAGAUUUCCUUUUGUGCACAGACCUCAUAUGUGAAUGUUGGGCGCAUGAGCGUGCUACUUUCGGCAGCACUGCGUUCACAUGUGUCAGUACUGUUGGGGCAUGAAUGGCAUUUGAUAAAUUAUCACGUCUUAGCAGCCUCGAAAACAUAUACGUUUGAGUGUCUUACAUAGGAGUUUGCUUGAUUGACAGACCUAUUCCUUGAAGAAAAAGGCUAGCCAUUGGCAAAUUAGUCAUUACAGCUGUUUGCUGUUGUGCAGAGCUUGCAUAACAGUCGGUGAGCAAACUCUGUGCCCUCAGUAGGAAUACAAAUUUCUUGUUGC